CUCCGAGCGAAUCAUCCGAGGAAUCUCAUUGGCCUGCGUGCAUAGAAACGCUCUUUGACAUGUAAACAACUUCACAAACUGUCAUGGCGGUCCCGUUGUAUUGAAUGUUGAAUGAGAGCAGCCUGGUACAAGGCCAAGCACUGCGCGGACAAAACGAUUAAAUACUAUCGCUGGACAGACCUUAUGUCCGCUCUUGAUUUUUCAAUAUGAGUCUGUCAAACUGUACUUCCAUAGGUUACAUCUAUCCUGACAGCUUUUGCUUGGUUGUAGAGGUAGACCAGGAUCAGGAUGAAUUUACAAUCGAUGAAGCCUGGAUUGCUGGUGCUUUUUUCCUUGGCUUGUUUGUGGGUGUAGGAAUCGUUCUUCUCCUGGCGAGACCCUUUUUAGCUGCUUGGGAAAAGAAAAAGAGACAAGAUGAAGAAAAAUUGCUUGAAGGCGGAGGAGAGUCAAAGAUUGUUGAGGCCAAAGCAGUUAAUGGAUGGGUUGACGAUGGUGCUGUGAAGGGUGGCCUCAUCAUAGCGCCAGCUAAAGAAAAGAAAGGGCUUUUUAAAGGUGGCAGAUUCUGGAGGAAGAAGAAGGAAAGUAUUGUUGAAGGUGAACCAGUGAAAGAGGAGAAUGUGGACCCAGCUGUCUCUCGUGGCAUGUUCAACAUUUUGACAAAGACUAACAGUGCCAGCGCUGAGGUUGAAAUGGCAGAACAAGACAUGUCCAAUCUUGUUGCUGUAGAAAGGGGGCUGGACGAGGAGAAAGACACGUUGAUGCUACGCACAUUGGCACUUCUCCUGAAAAAGAAGAUGGAAAAAAGGGUCAUCACUCAGAAGUAUUUUGUUGAGUUUGUGAAAAAAGCUGAAGAAGAAAUGAAAGAUCUCAACACCAUGAUAGACAGAGAAAAAGAGGAUGCUGAACAAAAACUGCUAAAUGAUCCAAAAACAAACAAGAAUUCUCAAGCUUUCGAGACAGAGAUGGAAAAACUUCAAACCCAUUAUAACAACAAGCAGAAUAAACUUCACAAGGACUACAGGAAUGAGAUCAGGUUGAACCUUCUCCGCUCAUCUGGGAUGUCAGAGGCAGAGGUUGAUGACUUGAUGGAGAAACUGAUGAAGAAUAUGGCUGUUGUAGAGGAAAAAAUUGGACUGGAACAGGCCAGACAAAGAAGAGCUUUGGAACAAAGAUUGGCAAAGCGAAGGCAGGCUGUAGAGUUCCAAGAAGCUGAGACAAAAGAAGCAGACGCAAAUGCGGAUGAAAGAGUCGACCUACUGCGGAAUCUCCUGGCAGAUCACAUGAAAGACUCUUCCAUGUUGGAGAAACAGAAUGAUGGUGUAAUUGCAGAUUAUGCCAAUGACUUGGACAACAUUAGAAAGUAUUUCGGCAAAGAAUAUGAAGGUUUGGUGUUGGAAAAGUUUGAUUAUCUACAAAACACUCGUUUGAAUAGCUUCUUCAAGUUGAACAAAAAGCAAGAAAAGGAAAAGGCUGCUGUUCUUCAAAUGGCAAACAAGAGCACACCUGCAGAAUUUAUAAAGGUGUACCAUGACUUGAUGGUGAAGCAUCAUAUGGAGCAAGAAGUCCUUAGUGGAGAACUUGACCAAAAAGAAGUCCAAGAAAUUCAUAAAUUGAAACAAGACAUUUCAAGGGAGGAGGCCAAGGCUCUGGAUGCAGAAGCUGAAAAAGUCUUGGAAAAACUAGAAAAUACAAGCAACAUGACGUCUCUUGAAGCUCAAAAGAUCUUGAAGAGUCAUAAGCAGCAAAUGGCAAAUUGCAAUGCUCGAAGACAAAAGGAGAGGCAAGCCAUGAUGGUGAGGCUGGAGGAAAGGCUGCAGCAAAGACUGAAUGCUGCAGAUGAGGCUGAGGCAAGAGAUCAAAAAGAACAGGAGACGCUGAAAGAAGAGCAGACAGCAACUAUGAAUAAAGUUUUGGCAACCAACAUGGAUUUAACAGAAGAAGCAAAAGAGAGAGUCUUGAGGGAACAUGAACAGAAUAUGCAAGCCUUGUCAAAUCAGUUAUUACGCAGUAAACAAAGACAACAAAAAAGCCUUGAGAUCAAAUUAAAUCAACGAAAAGUGAGGCUGGCUGAAUUAAGGCAGAAACAAGAGGACCAACAUCAAAAUUCAUCUGUAGUAAAGGAUCAAGAUGAUAAGAAUGCAAUAUUGGCUGCUCAGAUCGCCAAAGAGGAAGCAGACUUUGAGGAAGCCAGGAAAACAGCUGUGGCCGAUCUGAGACGCCGACUUGCCGAAGAAACGAAUCAAGCCUUAAAACUACAAGAUGAAGAAAUUGGCCUGCUAAUUGGUCGCCUUCAGGUUGGCCAAGCCAGAAGAAAAGCUAUAUUAGAAAGGCAAGACGCAACCCUUAAACAACUUCAGGAUGAACUGGAAAAGAAAGUUGCCAGUGGAGAGACUUUACCAACCACAGUGACUGAUCAGAUCAUUCAGCAGCAUUACAACCAGGUGUCGCAUCUCAACGACCAGAUACAAAGACGAAGGGAUGAACAGCAGAGAAUGAUCAUGGAAAAACUUACUCGCAAAAAGCAACAUUUGGAGAGUGAGAUUGAGGCACAACUUGAGGAAGAAGCUCAAACAGAAUACACAGACCGCCAGCAGAAGGGAGCAGGGUAUGCAAGUCUUGCUCUCAUGCAAGCAUUCCUGGAGCAGCGACAUAGUAAAGCAAUGGAGGAGCUCCAAGAUGAGAUGAAUGCUGAGCUAGAAAAGGGAAAAAGCGAUCUCAACAUGGAGCUAGAACAAGAACUCAGGAAUGAGCUUGAGGGGCACAGGCAAAACCUAUUGACUCAGCUUGCUGCUGUAAGCAAGAUGUCCAAAGCAGAUCUUCAAGAAGCCAUGACAGCAACAAGUCACGAUUCACCAGCAAGAGAAGGUGCACGACCAGGUUCCUAUGACAACAAAGCUGCGCAAAGACUAGCCAAAGAUUUGAGAAAUGAAAUGGAGAGAGCCAGAUCAUCCAUGGAUCGUGUUGACAACAGAAGAGAUGAUUUAGGGGUGCGAAGAGCAAACACAGACUUGAUGUCCUCCCAAGGGUUUGAACCAAAUCAAAAGCUUCGGAAAGGAUCUGCCACAAGACCCCCAAGACGUGAAGCAAGGGAGGCUUUUGGAUCCUAUGAGGAAGAGGACGAUAACGGCUUUUAGUCUGGACUUUCCUACUAAGAAAUUCUAGACCUGAAUUUAUAGAUUUUAUCAAUUUUUAUCUUGAAGUACAUUUGUCAAACUUAACAUUUUUUAACUUUCUGUAGUUUCAAAACAUUUUAACUGAAGACAUAAUUUGAAAGGUGAAAUCACAUUAUCUGUUAGAUUAUUAUGCUUAUAUAUAUACAAAAAUCAGUAACUUUUCCUUUAAAAAAAUAAGGUACAAUUUUGAGGGGUGGGGGGGGGGUGUUUGUUUUGACUUUCUAUUUCUUUUGUCAGGUUUUUCAAAAGUCAAAUUGAUAUCUUGGCAGUGUUGCCAGUUUGUAGGUGCAAAAGUGUAAAUACAACCAAGUGAAACCUCAAAUUUAUCAUUUUUUAAAUUAUUUUGUUUAUGAAAAAUGUCAACCAACCAAUUAUAGAUCUUGUAGUCUCCACCUAAGCGCAUGCUAUACAAAGGCACGCUCCGCUCAUAUGCACACUUUCAUGAUAUGACAAGUUUUUUUACGGUAUAAUUAGAUGCACAAAUGCACGGUCACUUCCUUAAAACACACGCUUUGAUCUGUAAAACAUGCCAACACGUAAAGUUUGACAAGGGAAGUUUUCACUACAACCUACACAGCUUGCAUAAAACAAGUCUAGACAACUGGAUAUUUAGCAAGACAGACCCUAAAUCAGAACGAAGAGAAUGAUGGAGAGUAUUUUCACACCCAACUGUCCACGGACACAAAGGUCUAGGACAGGGCGAGUAAUAUGUUUGGGGGGUGGGGAUGGGGGUGACUGAAAUAUCAUUUGAUUGGUCUCUUGAAAUGUGUCUUUGAGAGAAAAUAUCUCAGUGGUGGUUGGGUGACUGUAAAAUUUAGUUAGACCUAUGACUAUGAUGUGCAACACACAUGAAUGCUGUAGAAAACUAUAUAUGCCAACACAGGAUUAAAGAUUAAUCUAAAUGAUCAGCUGGGCUCAAAAAGCUUGAAACAUUUUUGUUCAUCAAAUCGUUAGAGAAAAAUCUUUCAAAAUGUCUAAUGUCAUCCAAGCAUCGAGUUGCAAAAGAUGACAAGUAGUCGGGAGAGGUCGCUUGGAAAGUUAUGUGGCUGAGCGCUCUUCUGAUCUUAUAACUAUCUCUAUCUCCGACUGUUUUCCCGACAUGUAAGUGCACAUUAAAACAGUGAGUCGGUCUUUCCGCUUUUUUCCACCCUUCAUUCAAUGCCCUUUGUAAUCGUAACAUCGAUCAGAGUAUUCAGAGAACCCUUGAUAAAAUAGAAUAGUUACGUUUCAUCUCAUUAUCAGCGAAAGCGACGCCCCACCCCUCAAGGGAGGUCAGUAGGUUACUAAAAUAUCAAGGAAAUGAGAUGGUUGUAUCCCUUUUCCCCUUAACGCAGGUUUGCAAAUGCACGCUCCGAGUAAACACAUGCUUAGGAGCCCUCCCGAGCACCAUGCAUUAGGCGGAGACUACUAUGCUAUAUUGUUUCUAUAAUUCUAUGCUUCUGCUAUGGCGAUGGAAAAGAUUAACUCCAUCAUAUGACAUAAGACCUACUGUGAUACUGUCCGAAAACCCCAAAAUACAUCAACCUUUAUCAUGAGGUCUGUUAAUGUAUAUAUUUUGUGAUGUGCUGAUGCUCAAUAAUAUUUCCUUUCAUUCUCUCAAA